AUGCAGGACAGCGAUGACAAGCGCAGAAUUUCAACCCAGUCUCCAGACAAAGUCGUCGGCGGCACAAUGGUGAAGGCGGGAGAGAAUUAUCCGGAAAUUCACCAGGGCGACCCAAUUCCAAUUUCGGAUGCAGAUCAACAUGUUCAGAGCCUACACCACGGCGACCAUUUCACGCAGCCACCAGAACCAAAACACGGCAUGCACACCUUUCUCGCUUCUCCAUCUGCACACGGUCAAAUCCAACUUCCUUCCCUAGAUUCCUCGUCUCCCAUCGACGAAGCUCUCCGCUUUAUCUACCAGCUUUCCACGGGCACGUUCCACUGCUCCCACUCUUGUGAGUACUUCAGCAUCACACUUUCUCCCAGCGAAUUCGCGACCCUGGAAGCUCACAUUGCCGCGGAUCCCGAGCUCCAUCGCUGGACCCAGGACAAACUGCGCGCCAACUACACCGAAGACGACAACAGCCUCCUUAUCAUGAUGGAGACUCGCCUCCAUGCCAUGUCGUCCCGCGGACUCGAGAGGGAGAUCGAGCAGACACUGCACUCGGAAGCUAAGCCCUUCUUCGACUCUGGUAACAUCGUCAAACCAUGCGCUGGAUCCAAGAGCACCGUUACUUUCCCCCAUACCUCAAAGCGAAAGAGCCUGCUAACCCCUGACGGCUCUUUUCUUUGCCUUGGGCGGAAAUUCCCCACCGUCACCAUGGAAGUCGGUGUCUCGCAGAUGGAAUCCGACCUCUGCGAAAAGGGCACCAAAUGGAUCAAGCUCUCCAAGGGUCAAGUGCAGGCUGUUCUUUGCAUCAAGAUUGAGUCCUGGGACGACCAAAUGUGUGCCGAUUUCCCUGCGUCGAGUCGUGUCCCAAACGAGCCGACAUGCAGGCGCAAGGUGUACUACUGGAUCCACCGUCCACGCCAGACUGACACCGCCGUUGAUCCUACCGAGACGCCAAUCACGGUUGUGCGCCAAUGCAACGGGACUGUACACGAGGGGUUCAUUUGUCUGAAGUUGGCAGAUUUUGUUCCGCCACCAUGUCCCGACUUCGACAUUAAGAUCUCGCAUAGGAGGCUUCUGGGGAUUAUAGAUGAGGCGGAGCGAUAUGAGGAGGACGAUAGGCGUUUGAGAGUGGGUGACAGGACUGGUAACGAGACGGUUGAAGGGUUGGAUGAUGAGACUGACGAAGAGACGGACAAGGACACAGACGAGGACACGGACAAGGAGGUACAUGAUGCGGACGAGGCUGAUGAUGCGGAUGAGGUCGAUAAAGGUAGACGUGGAAGACGAGGUAGUGGAGGCAGAUGA